CCCCCUCGCUGCUCGGAAGCUGCUCGAUUCGGCCAGCGAUAAAACCGUUCGGGGGGCUCCAUCGCAACAUUCUUCGCCUCCUCCUUUCCUCCCCCCAAAGGCGCGGCGCGAAUUCCACUUCCGGGUUCCGGCGCCUCCCCACCACGCGGCGUCGCCGCCUUUUUCCCGUGCGCUGCCCGACUCGUUUCCUUCCUCCGCCGCUUUUGUUACGCCGCGGCCUCGCCUGCUCGGGCGCGUUCCCUCCACGUUCCUCCUGGGCUCCUGGCUGCCCGCCUGCUCGGCGCGUGCCGCGUGGGGUUCGUUCGUCCUGCUUCCUCCGAUCGGGAGGCGGAGCCGCUCCGUGGAAUCUGACUGGAUCGUCGAGCGGGGACGAAGGCUCGGGGCUCUUCAAGGAGGGGGAGCGGCAAAUGUGGCGCCAGUUUAAUGACCUGUGGGAUGUGCUAGGAUCCGGAUUUCUCUCGUCCAGGUUCCUCUGAUCCAGCUGUCUCGGCACCUCAACCUUGUCCCUGUGCGUGCGCACGCGCGCGUCUCGGGAAGUCGGGAUCGUCUGGUUGGUGGCAUCGGGAUUUGAGAGGGGGAGAUGGACGACGAGGAUUACUCGUGGGUGCGGCGCACGCGGUUCUCCCACUCCGUCGUCCGCUCCAACUCCGGCAGGGAGCAGUUCGGCGCCUUCGUCGAGCAGUUCAACCGCGGCGCCGCGCUCAAGCAGAAGGGCUCCGCCUCGGGGUUCAAGCUCCAUGGCCUCAACAUGGAGCCAGGGACGAGGUUCUCCACCUCCGCCCUUCCGAGGACGAGCUCGCUGGGCAUCCAGCCGAAGCCCAAGGACUUGUCUUCGGACGCCAAGCCGACGCAGCACGAGAAGGCAGUCGGUGAUCGCCCGCCGCCGGACGUCAAGCCGACGCAGCACGAAAAGGCAGUCGGUGAUCGCCCGCCGCAGCAAGCACCGGCGACGCAGGACGAUGCCAAGGCUGCAAAUGGGAAGAAAGGAAGCAGCAACCUGAGCGUGGCCGUCCCUCGCGAGCCCACGGAUGAUGAGAGCCCUGGAGCCCUCGAGUUCUCCUUCCACCCCGACGAGCAGAGCCUGAAGCUGCAGAGAGCGUGCUCAAGCCCUGCUCCGUUUCCGAGGAAGGAAACGCCGGGCAAUGACGCCCUGACGCGCAGCUCGUCGCUUAGUGUCCUCUGCGAUGGGCCGAUGGUGAAGCAGAGAGCGAGGUCGCCUCUCCCAUCUCGCCACAUCCCUGAAGUGUUUCAGGAGGCAAAAUCAGCCAGCAAGAGGUUCUCCACUCCGCCACCGCCCCGGAGAUCCGCGUCAUCGCUAGACCUGAUUGGGAAUCAACCUGCGCCGGUGAGGGCACCGGGCAAGCUGAAGCAUAGGAAGGAGGGCCAUGCCAACGGAAGGGCGAAGGUUGCUGCACUGGAGGUGCUCGAGAAAUGGUCCGUCGAUCGCUCCCAGCUGCUCAUUGGGCACAGGUUUGCGUCCGGGGCUCACAGCCGGUUAUUUCACGGAAUCUACAAGGAGCAGCCUGUUGCCGUCAAGUUCAUCAGACAGCCUGAUGAUGAGGAAGAUGCAGAGCUGGCUGCUCAGCUUGAGAAGCAGUUCAACACCGAAGUUUCCACUUUGUCACGCCUCCAUCAUCCUAAUGUCAUUAAGCUGGUUGGAGCAUGCAGCAGUCCACCGGUAUUCUGCGUCAUCACUGAAUUCCUUUCUGGAGGUUCUUUGAGAGCGUUUUUGCACAAGCAAGAUCACAAAGCUCUUCCUCUAGACAAGAUUAUCUCAAUUAGCUUGGAUAUCGCACACGGCAUGGCAUACAUUCACUCGCAGGGAGUUGUCCAUCGUGAUGUGAAACCAGAGAACAUCAUAUUCGACGAAGAAUUUUGUGCAAAGAUUGUUGAUUUUGGAAUAGCUUGUGAAGAAGAGUACUGCGAUCCUCUAGCAAAUGACACCGGGACAUUCAGAUGGAUGGCUCCAGAGAUGAUGAAGCACAAAGCAUAUGGUCGAAAAGUUGAUGUCUACAGCUUUGGCCUCAUCUUAUGGGAAAUGUUUUCAGGUUCAAUACCUUAUGAAGAGCUGAAUCCAUUUCAAGCAGCUUUUGCUGUUUUUGACAAGAAUGUGAGGCCGGCUAUUCCUGCUAGCUGUCCAGCGCCAGUACGACUUCUAAUUGAGCAAUGUUGGGCCUCGCAUCCGGAGAAGAGGCCUGACUUCUGCCAAAUAGUUCAGAUACUGGAGAAGUUUAAGACAGUUCUUGACAGAGAUGGUACACUCGAUAAUAUGCCAAGCUCGAUCUGCCAGGAGACUCAUGAUCACAAGAACUGGCUUGCUCAUUGGGUUCAAAAGCUCAAGCAUAGCCAACCUGAUCUCUCUGGGCCUCCUCCGCCAAAACUGUUGUAACUAUUCAGCACCUUCUCCCUUCCGAACUCGCUAAUCUGAUAGGCCACAGAAUGUAACUGCAGUUCUUUUUUAUGUUGGGUAGAUACAGAAAAGAAAUCGUUUGUUUGCAUUUUACGGCUUUAUAGCAUGAUUAGCGCUUGCUUUGCUUCACCAUGGCAGUGUUCUUGAUCAUCAAUACACAAAAUGUACAUAAGCAGCUUCCAGAAAAAUGCUUGUUCAAGGAGCUUAAAAUGUUUGGCAUCGUUACAUCAAGAGCUCAUUCUGACAUCUUGGAACACACAUUUAUUUAUUUAUUAUA